AUGACCCCCAAGGAUUCUGACAUCCUGUCUUAUGUGAACACCAAGGAUUCUGACAACCUGUCUAAUGUGACCCCCAAGGAUUCUGACACCCCGUCUAAUAUGACCCCCAAGGAUUCUGACAACCUGUCUGAUGUGACCCCCAAGGAUUCUGACACCCCGUCUAAUAUGACCCCCAAGGAUUCUGACACCCCGUCUAAUGUGACCCUGAAGGAUUCUGACAACCUGUCUAAAGUGACCCCAAAGGAUUCUGACAUCCUGUCUCAUGAUUCUGACAUCCUGUCUAAUACGAUCUCCAAGGAUUCUGACAUCCUGUCUAAUACGAUCUCCAAGGAUUCUGACAACCUGUCUAAUGUGACCCCAAAGGAUUCUGACAUCCUGUCUAAUGUGACCCCAAAGGAUUCUGACAUCCUGUCUAAUGUGACCCCAAAGGAUUCUGACAUCCUGUCUUAUGUGACCCCAAAGGAUUCUGACAUCCUGUCUAAUACGACCCCCAAACAUUCUGACAUCCUGUCUAAUGUGACCCUAAAGGAUUCUGACAUCCUGUCUAAUACGACCCCCAAACAUUCUGACAUCCUGUCUAAUAUGACCCCCAAGGAUUCUGACAUCCUGUCUAAUGUGACCCGAAAGGAUUCUGACAUCCUGUCUAAUGCGACCCCAAAGGAUUCUGACAUCCUGUCUAAUGUGACCCCAAAGGAUUCUGACAUCCUGUCUAAUACGACCCCCAAACAUUCUGACAUCCUGUCUAAUGUGACCCCAAAGGAUUCUGACAUCCCAUCAUAUCUCGGACAUGAUUGUCAAGUUUUCUGA